CCUCGCUCGCCCUCUCUCCCACAUCCAGUUUCGGUUUGGCGGGCCACACCACAGGUGAGUCGACGUCAGUACUUUUAUCUCAUACACAACGCAACCUGCAUCUACUGCAACCGAGGGACUCGACUUGGCCCCCUCCCCUCCCCUCCCUCCGCAUUUUAUUUUGUGACCGAGUCAAGUCCACCGUCGAAUCGAGACCGACCAGGGCCCGCGAAGCAUUCCGACGCACGCCGCACUCUUCCCGAAAUACAGGAUUCGGAUUCGGCCUGGAUGACCGCACACACAUAUCCGUCCAUCCAUCCAUCCAUACAUACAUACAUACAUACACUACCGCCAACGCUCCCCUCAUCCAUCCAUCUAUCCAUCCGGCCCACACGCAUCCCGCGCUCUUCUCAGAACCAGCACCUGUUCUGCUUCCUUGCUUGCUUGCCUGCGUCUGCGCUGCACCUCCACGCCGAUCACUCACCCCUCAGCGCCUUUGCGAUCGAAAUCCCGCCCGCAGGAUCGAGACUGACUCUUCGCUCCCUAUAUCACCACCAGGGACGGCGACACGUUUCUCCCACUCGACGACCCAACUGCCUUCCAGCCAACGUCGCAAGAUAUUUCAGUCGCCAAACACCGGGAUCCCGAACCUGCAUCACCCCUCCCGACGCUGCGGCUCCUCAUUUCUCUUCCCCGUGCGAAACCCUCUUGCAGCGCAAGCUUCGACGCUCUGCCCCAGGAUCGACCCGGUGCGGGCACGGAUGACAGCAUAAGCCUCCAGCAAUCCGGAAGAACUUCAUACCACGAGAAUAGGGGUCCCCGACCGAAUCCUCUGACUUUAUCCCUUCGCCAGCGGAACCUACCCGUCACCCCCCUUGUGUCAAAACAUAAUAUUAGCGGUCUUCCCCUCCUACUGAAAAGAACCGCACGCGCGCACGCACACACGAACGAACUCGAGAGCCCCCUCGAUCUGCGCAGCGUCAUCACAUCACCACACGGCGAACGAAGGAGACUGGCGCUAUCACGGUCAGACACAGCCAACGAUGCCAUCUCAACGACCCUUUUUCCUGUCCACCUUCUUCGCCUCCUUCCGCCAGCAGUCUCCCUCCGCGACUACGCUUUCAUCACAACAGCCCAACAAGCACUCCACACAGACGUCAUCAUCGUCGUCAUAUGCAACUCAAUCCGCCGCUUCAGCACCCCGAGCCAUCUCGUCGAAUGCAUCGCCGAGUAGCGGAGCAGGCACCGCCACCGCCAACUCGGCGACACGCCCGUCAUCAGGCGUCAUGAACCAGUACCCACUACACUCUCCGCGCGGCGGCAUCCCGAUCCCCGGCGGCUCGAACCGACGGCGUGGUAGCGACAGCAGCAGCGAAGGGUUCCGCGACGUCUUGGGUGCCGAUAAGUGGUAUAUCGGUGGACGGACCGCCGCUGGCGAAGAGAAGUUCUUCAAGCUUGGUGUCGUCCGACGGGUGCGCAGUAACGACGGCCUCAGUCUGGACAGGCUGAGUUUAUAGAGCACGACGAUUGCCAU